GGAAAUGCGAAAAGUAAAGAGGAAAAGAAGGUUGAGAGAAACUAGGAAAAAAUGCCACAGUGACUAGAAAAUCUGAAAAGUGAGGAGGAAAAGGAGCUUGAGAGGAACUAAAAUCUGUGAAGAUUGUGUCGCAGCAGCCAGCCAUCACAAGCGUGAGCAAAUAGCUGAAAACCAGCUGUCUCACCUUUUCAAAUUUAUUACCAUUUACAUACAAACCCUAACAUAACUCAACCCGUAAUCCAUUCACUCUCAUGGCUUCACUAACUCUUCCUUCUUCACAAGUUUCCUCUUCCUAUUCUUCCUCUUUCUUUCGUGGCUCUUCUCCCACCCAUGCAACUCUCUCUUUCAAUCACUCUCGCUCCCGAAUUCAUCUAUCUAACAACUAUAGAUGUGACUUGUCCGAGCAAUUAAAAUUUUCAAAUGGAAAGCCAAAUAUUCGGAUUAUUAACGAACGAACGCUGCCCAAAUUUUUGGAAUCUGCACGAAUGGAGAAAGCAGUCAGCAGAACUAAUAUCAGACUAAAAUUAUUCUCUGGAACAGCGAAUCCCGCACUUUCUCAGGAAAUUGCUUGGUAUAUGGGCUUGGAAUUAGGAAAGAUCAACAUAAAGAGAUUUGCUGAUGGAGAAAUUUAUGUUCAGUUGCAAGAGAGUGUUAGAGGCUGUGAUGUCUAUUUGGUGCAGCCCACCUGCCCUCCAGCUAAUGAGAAUCUCAUGGAACUUUUAAUAAUGAUAGAUGCUUGUAGGAGAGCUUCAGCCAAAAAUAUUACAGCUGUAAUUCCUUAUUUUGGAUAUGCUAGAGCUGACAGAAAGAUGGUGUCCCGAUCAAUUUCUUCAGCAUUUCUUCUGCUAUACUUCUCUCUUUUUUUUUUAGGGAAUAAAACAAUUGGAACCCAAGGGCGUGAAUCUAUUGCAGCCAAACUUGUUGCAAAUCUUAUCACUGAGGCUGGUGCAAACCGUGUUCUUUCCUGUGAUCUUCACUCUGGGCAAUCUAUGGGUUACUUUGAUAUUCCAGUUGACCACAUAUACUGCCAGCCUGUGAUCCUUGAUUACCUUGCAAGCAAGACGGUUUCUUCUAAUGACUUGGUAGUGGUUUCACCUGAUGUUGGUGGAGUCGCCAGAGCACGUGCUUUUGCAAAAAAGUUAUCUGAUGCACCUUUAGCCAUUGUUGAUAAAAGGCGCCAUGGGCAUAAUGUAGCAGAGGUGAUGAACCUAAUUGGGGAUGUAAGAGGAAAAGUUGCUGUCAUGGUGGAUGACAUGAUUGACACUGCUGGGACUAUAGCAAAAGGGGCAGCUCUUUUACAUCAAGAAGGAGCUAGAGAAGUUUAUGCUUGCUGCACACAUGCUGUUUUCAGCCCUCCUGCCAUAGAGAGGUUGUCAGGUGGCUUAUUUCAAGAGGUGAUAAUUACAAACACACUUCCUGUAGCAGAGAAGAACUACUUCCCGGAAUUGACAGUACUUUCAGUAGCAAACUUAUUGGGGGAAACCAUAUGGCGUGUUCAUGAUGAUUGUUCAGUCAGUAGCAUUUUUCAGUGAUGAUGGGUAGUGGCUCCUUCUAAAUACUAUACAGGACUUUGGACAAAUAACCUAAUCUUAGGUUACGCAGUGGAGAAAUACAAUUUCUCAUUUUGAUUUUCUCCAAUUGCUUUUUAACCAUGAAAGUUUUUAUUUUGGUUAAUUCACCCCCUUUUAUAUAUAUAAUUUUUCUUAGUUCUACAAAUUCAAUAUUUAGAUUGCGCAAGACGAAUUGCUAUGUAAUCUCCCUUUCUAAAAAGAAUAAAAAAAUUAUAUUAUUUAUA